CAAUUUGGAAUUUGGUUAUGAACGUUAUAUGCAAUUAUAUCAUUCUUUUUUAUCCAAGGACAUCAUGUAGUUGAGCUUAGCAAAGUCUGUUACCAGAGCACGGAACUAUGCCAACCAUUUGUAUUAGACCUUUGGAUUGACAAACAUUUGACCAUUAGAAUUUGGAUUGACCUUCAGUAUCAACCAUUUGUAGCUUUUGUCAUGUCUUCGUUGGAUAAAGUAACAACUCUCUCUCUCACUCCUUUUGGCAAAGGGGUAUCCAUUUGUCCUUUCGGAGAACCACAACUUUCCCUCCGUAGCUUGAGACUAGUUGUGCCAGGUCACAUUAGUCCUUGGGUUGAUGAGCCAACCUUGUUUUUAGAUAAAGUAACGUCUAUUGCAUGACUAAGCCACUUGUGCCCAACUCAUGUCAUUGAGGAUGGUACGGAGAGAAUGGAUUUUCCUUGUAACUUAUAAGGCUAUAUACAAGUUCACAAUGAGAUUUAGGACUGUUUUAUCAAUCUAUGGAAUACAGCAUCAUUGAAGCCCGCCCUUCAUUUCUCUUGUCGGAUUAAGAAGGAUGGCCUUCAAGAAAGCUUGAUCUCAACUGUUAGGUCUGAAAGAUGGCCAAAUCAUUGAAGUUCACCAAUUUAUCUUCUAUACUCAAGAUGGUCUCCCAUACAAACUAGUCAGAUUUGAAAUUGUCAAUGGGCCACUGCAUGUUUGAGUGUUCUUAGGCUGCUCUUCCUGGAAUUGAAGCAUCUAUCUCAUAACUUGGAUAUGGGAAAUCUUCGAAGGAGUUUUUCACCUCCCUCCUUUUCCACCUUAACCUCCUCCUCCUCCUCACUUGGUCCACACCCAUUGGAAAUUGAUUCGGAACUAUGGCUAAUGGUUGAAAAAAGGACCCAAGAGAUAUUAUAUACCAUUCAACCUGCUUUUGUUUCUGAGCAGAAAAGGAAGGAAGUCAUCGAUUAUAUUCGGAGUUUAAUUAAGGGUUAUUUUGCAGUUGAGGUCUUUCCAUUUGGUUCGGUCCCACUGAAAACCUAUCUUCCAGAUGGAGAUAUUGACCUCAUGAUCCUCAGCCAUCAAAGCAUGGAGGAAGAUUUGGCCAGGAAUGUCUUCACUCUCCUCCAAUGUGAAGAGCAGGACCAGGGGUUCCAAGUAAAUGAUGUCCAGUAUAUUCAAGCUCAGGUUAAGGUCAUAAAAUGUUCUGUAAAGAACAUUGCCGUUGACAUCUCUUUCAAUCAAAUGGGAGGACCCUUCGCAUUAUGCUUUUUAGAGCAGGUUGACCAAGUUAUUGGUCGAGAUCAUCUUUUCAAGCGCAGCAUUAUCUUGAUCAAAGCAUGGUGUUUUUAUGAGAGCCGAAUUCUUGGUGCACACCAUGGCUUGAUCUCAACAUAUGCAUUACAAAUAUUGGUUUUGAAUGUCAUUAAUAAUUUCCAUUCAUCUCUAUCCGGUCCUUUAGCAGUCCUCUACAAAUUUUUGGACUAUUAUAGCACCUUUGAUUGGGACAACUAUUGUGUCAGUAUAAAUGGCCCCAUUCUCAUAUCAUCCUUCCCACAAAUGGAGUCAAUAAAUAACAAUGGGAAUGAGUUACUUCUCAGUCAGGAGUUUCUGAGGAACUGUAGGGACAUGUUUGCAUUUCUGAUGAAAGAACUUGAGAAUGGUGCCCCUGAAUUUCCUACUAAGCAUCUCAACAUAGUGGAUCCUCUUAAGAACAGCAACAACUUAGGACGUAGUGUUAACAAAGGCAAUUUUCAUCGAAUAAGAGGCGCCCUAUCUUAUGGGGUUCAAAGGCUUGCAGAAAUAAUUGCACUGCCAGGAGAAGCAAUGGGUACUGGACUUGAGAAGUUCUUCAUGAACACUUUGGACAGAAAUGGCAAGGGUCAAAGGCCAGAUGCAGAUGUUCCUAUCCCUGCAUUUGGUACUGGAAGAUCUGAGGCGGCUGAUCUCAGUGGAGAUUAUGACAAAUAUUACAGUGGUCUACUAUAUGGCCAGUGGUAUCACAAUUAUGCACUGCCAGUACCUCCUCUGCCCGGUCCUCCAUCACCACCUUCACAAAUCAAGCAGAAAAGUGCUAGGGAUGUGCCGCCCCAGUUGCUGCAAAGCAAGCAGAAUGUUUUUUCUCAAAGAGGCACAGAUGUGUUUUUACCAUGGCCACAAUGUCACCCUUUUGCCUCACAACUACAAGAUGCUGCUUCUAGUAUUGAUAGAAGAAGGAAGUCAAGAGGAACAGGCACAUACAUCCCAGACAUGUGCCAUAAUCGUUACAAAGAUUUGCUAUUAUGGGUGAUGACAAGCAAUCCAGAUUCAACACAUAGACCAUUGUCGCAAUCACCUCAGAUGACAGAUCGGGCUGAAGAGUCCCCAAAGAUGGAGAAGAGUGGGAAUGGUAACUGCCUUAAUAUUCCACCGGAUCAAUUCUCUGCAGAGACACAGAAGAGUGAGUAUGGCAGCUGCCUUGAUCUUUCACUAGAUCAAUUCCCACUUCUUCCUAGCAGUAAGAAAUCCAUGUCAUCAGAAAUCCAUCAGUCUUCUCAAAACAUCGCAGAGGCAUGCCAGGCCAAGGAUCGUUCUUCCACCUUAGGGAAUAUUCAGUUUGGAUCCUUCCAGAGUUCACCAUCACUGCAAGGACUGCCUUCAUCAGUGGUGAAGAAGCAAGCAGAUCCAGGAGUUUCAACCACUAAGGAUGAAAUGCCAGUUGUCCUCAGAACAGAAAUGCAGAAGCAACGAGGGUUCUUUGAGAGUCCUGAGAAAAUGGUUUGCAAACAACAGAACCAGCUGAAGAAUGAUAUAGAUUCCCCCCCUCUCUGAUUGCCAGUGCACUUACAGGUAGAGAUUUAAGUAAAAGAGUGGAACUACAGUUCAACAAAAAUGUUGAUACCAAACCUGACAUAGAUCUUUGCGUACACAGAAAUAACCCUGCCUUAGGGAAGGCUAGAAAAACAAUUUUAUUUGUGUAUUUAUUUUCCUGCUGUCAAAACCUAAUAAAGGAAGCAUUUUUGUUU